AUGAGCGUCACAAAAGUGGAGGUGUUCGAAGGAAAGAACGUAACCCUUCUUGACCGACUCCGCCGAAAGCGAUUUGCAAAUACCACCCUGGAGGAAGUGAUGGCGCCGGAUUCCCCGAGUAGGUCAGAGUCUAGCAUGGACUCUGCCGUAGAUGUUUCCCAAUCAGAGGGUUCUAGACCUAUUCCUCCUAACCCUCAUUCGAAGGGUGUGAAAUCGGAUGUUGAUUGUGGUGAACCUCCCACUGUGUUUACUAGGACUACCUCAAAAGGGCUCAUCUUGAAGAAGCGCUCUGAGAGUGUUCAAGUCGACCAACUUAUCAAAAUGUCUCCUCCCAAAUGA